ACGCAUCGAUUGAGUCGUUUCAGUGCUACGGUGAACCUGAAUCAGUAUUAUACAAAAUGGUGACACGGUUAGUGCCAAGGUUUUCGGUGUUUCUAAUUCUGCUGAAAUGGAGUUCCCUGGUGACCGGGCAGUUUGGGGUAAACACUUAUCCCUCGGUCGUUCAGCUGGGAACAUUUAAUGCAACCAACCAAAUAUGUUUCUAUCGACGGAUCAAUCGAAACGCAUUCAGCCCCAAAGUGUUCUCUUUCAAUAAUCCAACAAGUCUACCAAUUAACUACGUCUUAGUGCAGCAAAAUCCCCGUUAUUGGGGAGGCUUUGAAGUGGAGAUAGUUGGUGGUGCUCUUGGAUCUUCUUCGGUAACAGUACAACUCACAGCAUCGGCUCCGAGGUUCACAUUUCCCAAUCAAAUCAAGAUCGAAAUGAUGUGCACGAAUCCUUCAACCACAUCGACUACACCGGCUACAACGACAACUACGGGUUCAACCUCAACGACAGGUUCCACCUCGACUACGGCUUCAACGACAACUUCGGCACCAACGACUACAACAACGGCCGCCACGACUACCACAACUGCUGCCACUACGACGACUACGGCUCCAACUACGACGACCACUGCUGCUACGACGACAACUACGGCUGCCACAACGACGACUACGGUGGCCACCACUACCACUACAGAUACUACUACAACAACCGUAGCAGGACCAUAGGAAGGAUUUUUGCUCAAACAAUGCAUUAAUAAAAAAAAAAUUAAAAGACAUUA